AUGCAGCCAUGGCCUAAGCGCUUGCCAGGGACUGGUCGGCCGGUCAGGGUGCCGACAGGUGAAGCCUUGCCAUCCGCGUCCUCUGCGGCAGUCCAGCGGGCCACUGUGCGCGCAGAAGCGACAGCCAAGAGCCGCAGCAGAAAGAGAAAGGCCGCUGCGGCGGCGCCAGACAGUUCAAAGUCGCAGGCGACGAAGAGGGUACGUUCGAGUUUUGGCGCUCGAGAUGCUGCUCUCGAUGUCGGUGCGGUGGCGCAAAGGCUCGCAGCGGGCCGCUCAAGCCGCAACUACGUGCUUCUACUCCAGACCUCUUUGCUCAGUGCGAUCUCGACGGAGCAGUUGACUUCUCUGCCUGCCGUCCGUGGUUUGACAGCAACAUGGCAAGGGCAGGAUGUCCUGGUGCUGGAUUCUUUCAUGGUGCGGGGUUGCCCAAGGAAUGAUGUGGCCAUUCUUCGUCUUGCGGCCGCUGGGCAGUGGGUGCUCGGAGAUGUCGUAACGUGUAGGUCAGCAGAGUUGUCCAGUGUGCGCUUGCAGCACGAGGUUGUAGAGGUGGCGCGGGGCCGCGUGGUCGUGAAAGAGUUCUGCGAUGCUGCCGAUCCUGCCCAAGCAGUGCACCGCGCCAGGGCCAAGGCCGCUGAGGCUGCGUCUGUUUCUGAAAGCAGGACGCUUAGCUGGAUGUCAGCGCAGCCGCAGCUGCUUGCUCGAAGAUCGCUGAAGCCAGCAGCUGCAGAGCUGCAUGAAAAACGCUUUCCGGGUCACCGGGUGCUGCCUCGCGCAGACCGUCAGCGCUUUGAGUUUACACUAGAUGUGCCUUGCUCUUAA